AUGUUGUUCAAGUCCAUCUUCAUCUCGUCCCUUGCGACCAGUGCUCUGGCCAUAUACCUCCCUGAGGACCAUUACCUCGCCAAAGCUCCAGCAAUUCAAGAAGGAAGCUGCAACUGCUCCGGUGACAACAUCAGAUACAACAAGUCUCUCGCCAGCGAUUACAUUUGCGGUGACAAGCGUCUUGGUCCUAGCCGACUUCCCACCAAGCUUCCUCUUGGAACUUUCGUUACUGGCUACGACCGCUUUGGAGGACUCUCUCCCAACGACUUCCUUGGUAAGUGGUACAACUCCACACAGGGACCCGACGGUCGCGAGGCGGGAUGGAUCUAUCCUGAGAAGUACGGCUUCCAUCUGGAUGAGGAGAAACUUCCUGUCAAGUCGAACAUAGACUUGAUGCCCGGUACGCUGGUAGACCGUUUUGGCUACAACACUGGUCGCUACAUCUCCCCUGCUACCGCUCCCUUUGCGCAGCGAGCGCUCCACCCUCAGAACCUCGAUAACGAUGUCAACAAGGAGUUCCCAAACAACUACCACGUCUACAACGUGACCAGGAUGUUCACUGUUCAAGCCGGCCCUAUUAGACCUUGGUUCGGCCAGCCAGGCUUCGGCGUUCAAUUCUUCCUUGGAAAUGGUAUCAAUGUGAAGGAUUAUCUUGACAACGGACAUUUGGUGGAGCUCAAGCCAUCUGAUCUCGUCAAAGAUAGAACUGGAUGCGGCUUCCAGCGAGAGGACGAGGAGCCCGUCUCGGACGAGCUGUGA